GCAUAUGGCUGGCUUUUGUCGGCUCCCCUCCCCCUCCCUUCCUUCCCUCCUGCCGUCCGCUCCGCAGCAGCAGGACAGAGGUAGUUCAGUUUUUGAAGCCGUGGCAUGAAUGAUCUCAUCUGAACCUGAUCUCCGCUUUCCCUGCCGUCGAUCCUAUGACCGAGACGGGAAUAAAAUAACACAAACACGAGGAGUCUUGCUUCAGACUGGCCUAAAAUGGGCAGAAAUGGUGCUGAACAAAAGCUGCUUGUCGCUCGUACAAAAGUACUUGAAGCGUUGCAGCCGGGACCAAGCUGCAUUGCUAUUGCCUGUGCCUCUCAACAGGAAAGAGAAACAACAUGUUCCCGAAGGGCACCAAGCGUAAGUUCUCAGACUCCGGGGAGGAGCCAGUCCCCAGUAGUGACCAGGGCCCAGCAGCUUCAUCUGCGAUGGCUCGGACGCUGACGUCCUCUUAUAGCCUCCAGCGGCAGUCGCUGCUUGACAUGUCGCUGAUCAAGCUGCAGCUCUGCCACAUGCUGGUGGAGCCAAACCUGUGUCGUUCGGUGCUUAUUGCUAACACGGUACGGCAGAUCCAGGAGGAGAUGACCCAGGACGGCACCUGGCAGAUAAUGACCCAGGCCCUGGCAGCUGCCCAGUGUCCCGCCGACCGCCUGGUAGCCACUGAGGUGCUAUGCCGGCAGACGGACCCAGCAGCUCAGGCUGGGCAGAGCCCGAAACCCUUCUCAGUGGUUGAUCUGGAAGAAGGCUACCACGCUGAGGAGGUGGUGAUGGAGGGGGACGUGGAGACAGAGGUCACAAUGUCCACUUUGUCGCCUGUCUCUCCACAGCUGUCCUCUGCUUCCUACCUGGCAGGUCCCUUUGGCAUGGGACCCUGCUGGGAGGAGGAAGAGGAAGACGGUGAGUGCGAGGAGGAUGAAGAGGAGGAUAGCGAGGAGUGUGUGUCGGAGGGAGAGGAGGCAGACCGGGACCACCUGAGUGCAGACUCCAGGACAGGGGAGCAGGUUUUUGGGACAUUUGAGAUCAAGCACCCGGCGCCGCCCCCUGACCCUGCACUCGAGGAACUGUUUUCAGAUGUGGACCCGUCAUACUAUGACCUCGAUACAGUGCUGACAGGCAUGCAGAGCGCCCCAAAGAUGGGGCCUUACGAUCUGCUGGAGAGCCUUUCUUCUCACGGGCCGACGGCCCUGAGCUCCAGCUCAAGUUGCAGGUCAGACCUGAACGAACUGGACCACAUCAUGGAGAUCAUAGUGGGAUCCUGAAACUCAGAACAUUCCUCUGGCCUGUACUGAUCCCUCAGACUCUUUACAGACUAUGCACAGUUCACAUGUGCAUGUUCUGUAUGUGGUAUUGUUGUUACACAUGGACAUUAUUGGCGGUUUUGGUACAAGGUGGGAAAUUAACAGCAAGCCAAAUAGAUUUUGGGUAUUGGCUGUUAGAGUUAUAGUUAGUCUGCUCUAACGCCACUUAGGGACGUCGGCAGCUGCUGUUGGGACAUUCAUCUUUUAUAUAAAAAAUGUAAUUGGCAGUUAAAGUAGUAAAGGGUUAAAUUGAUGAUUUUUUUUGGGAUUCUCAUGCCACCCUGGCCUGUGGACAAAGCAGUUAGUGUCCUACUUUGUUGAUGAAAUCCAAAACUUGACAAUAUCUUGUGAGAGGGCAAAGAUAAUUACCUAUACCAUGAUGCAUUCUUAUUUACGUACUUUUCAUGUUUACGUCUGUCAUACAUUCUGUCAUACUAGCUCCUUCUGGUCGUAUUCUUCUCUGCCAUUUUGUCCAUUUCUAUUUAUUGUUACAUGGACUGAGGAACAAUUCACCACACUACAUGCAUCAGAAACCAGAACAAAUUGUAAAUCCAAAUCUAUGAAUCAAUGCAUAUUUUCCUAAAGAUCUGAGCAAUUAUGAAUGGAAUAUAUGUAUAUGUACGUAUGUGUAUAUAGAAAUAUAUUUUUUGCAUUAUACAGCUGGGGGAUUUUGCAAGUAUCAUUUGAUAUUAUUAUUAUUUUUCCCUCCCAAGCGGUUUUUAAGAUUUUAAUGUAGCCAGACUCGAGACAGUGUCUUCCCAUGGUUUGGUAUAACAAGUCGACUGUAACAGGUGUCAGGACCGCCAUUGUUACACUGUAUAGGCGCUGUUCUUUCAUUUCUCAAAGCUUUAUGCAGGGCAGGGAAGUUACUGCCAGCCACAAACCACACGCUGGUUUAGAUUUGACUGUUUCUGGUAAGUUUUCCGUAUCCAGUGGACAAAUUUAAGUAAGUCCCCUGACCUGCUUCUCACACAGAUCUAAAAACAAUAACUGCUUUACCUAAAGCAUUUGGAGAAACCACGGGGUGAUAACUGCAUCAAGAAGCCAUAUUUCUUUCUCUCAUUUGUUUGUACAACAAAUGGGGAAUUCUGUGUGUUAACCCAAUCUAAUUUAUUGUUUUAUUUAUUGUAUUUAUUAUAUCUAGGUACAGACAUGCCACAUUGACUUAUCAAAUCAACCAUGAGGCCCGAUAAAAUUUAUCCAAAUUUUGCCCUCCCGUUUUUAAAUGCAGUACCUAUUUAUUCCUCACAUUUUAUUAUUAGUAAUAAUAAUAAUAACCGGUUUACUAUUCAAAUCACUAUGCAGCUCUGUCAUAAGUGUUUCAAAAUGAUUGUAUAUGACUCAAAUGUCCUUUAAUUCCUUUUAUGCAAACAGUUGCCUUUCUCCUAAAGAUGUGGAAAAUCAAAUGCAUUUUUCAAAAUUUUAUCAUCGUGAUGAAGAGAUUUAACUCAGGCAAACAAAAUGUAUUGACAAAAAUACAGUAUUACGACACGCUUAAUACCUUACCACAACACUCCUGAAGGAUGUCAUUCUGGUCUGAAUGGGAGCUAGAACUUCAAAGACUAAUUACCGUUGUAAAAUGUAUGCAUUUUUUUAUAUUAAGGAAAAAACAUUGUAGCAUCUUUGUAAAUAUUUUUAUAAUAAAAGGUGCAACUAUU